AUGGCAAAGUGGGCUUCAUUAAGUUCGAAAGAAUCAUGGUUGAAAAAGCUUUCCCGUCAUUUUUACAGAAGGCGCUCGAUGUCGACUCUUUCAUCUAAAACGGUUUACGGAUCUCCGUUGUCUCGUUUUCUCGUUGACUACCGAUCUAAGGAAUCCGAAACUCGCCUCUGCCGUGCUCUGCAAACUGGUUAUGCUGUUCCUUACCUAUCCUUAUCUUCGUGCUAUGAUGCUCAAUCCGAACCUUCUUAUUGCGGGGUUAGUACUUUAGCAAUCAUCCUAAAUGCCUUACGAAUAGAUCCUCAGCGUAAGUGGAGUCCUAUGUCAACCUGGCGAUGGUACACCGUGGAACUUCUAGAUUGUUGUUAUUCACUUGAGGAAGUGAAAAAAUCUGGAAUCAAUUUGGAUGAAUUUGUGUAUUUGGCAAGUUGCAAUGGAGCAGUAGCGAACGUUGUUCGACCAAAUUACUCGAAAGAACAUUAUGAUGAGUUUGCUCAUACUUUAGAGCGAGUUUGUACUGGUGGUAAGCAGUCUAAAGAGGAACUAGUCGAUGGAGAACUUCCAGAGGAGCUUAUGGCAAUUUCUUUUUCGAGAGUAGCUCUAGGGCAGGUUGGAGAAGGCCACUUUAGUCCAAUUGCCGCAAUGGACAAAGAAUCAAACUCUGUGUUGAUAUUUGAAACGGCAAGAUACAAAUACCCACCAUAUUGGGCUCCUAUUGAAGUGCUUUUCCAAUCCAUGUUACCAUUGGAUAGUGUCACUGGAAAAAGUCGAGGUUAAGUGGUAUUGAAGGCAAAACAAGAAUGGAAUUAUGAAAGUGACUUCGUAAAUCAUGGCAAAAGACGAAUUCAGUUUUUUGAAAUAAGAAACACAGUCGUGAGCAUGAGUAUUAACAAAGUCUGCAGCUAAUACAUACAUACAUACAUACAUACUUUAUUUAUUCCAGAAGCAGAUGAUAACUAUUAUAUACAAAUAAAACUAAAAAGAAAAUACUUCUAGAAAAGGAAGUUAAGAGGUUAUCCCUGUGUAAAAACUCCCUUAAAAGAAAAGACAAAAUAUAAAUCAAAAUCAUUACAAUCAAAUAUUUAAGUACGAUUUAAGUUUAGAUUUAAAAUGCUGAAAGCUGUCAGCUUCCACUAUAUCACCCGGUAACUCGUUCCAUAAUUUGACAAUCCUAAUAAAAAAAGAAUUUUUGUAACAAUUAAGUCUAGCUGGUUUAAUAUAGAGUUUGUAUUGAUGAUUUGCUCUCGUAGACCGAAUCGUGGCAAUAUCAAAGAAGUCUUCAAAAUUUAAAUGAUAAAAACCAAAAACUAUCUUAUAACAUUCGACUAAAGAUAAGUAAGUUCUACGGUCAGAGAGAGUGGGCCAUUUUAACAGUUUGCAUCGGUCUUCAUAGGACAUUUCUCCUUUGCGUUGAUUUAAAGCGAGUCUUGAGGCUCUUCGCUGUACAUUUUCAAGGGCAUGGAUGUCCUUAACAAGGUAAGGACACCAAACAGGUACCGCAUAUUCCAAGAUUGGCCGUACCAGAGACAUGUACAGCAUAGAAAAAACAUUUGUGUUAGCGGUGCCUACUGAGCGUUUAAUGGAACCUAAAACUUUGUUCGCUUUAUUGACAGUGAUACUUAUGUGAUGGCCCCAUGAAAGAUCUCUAGUUAGUGUGACACCGAGAUCUUUAAAAUUAGUCACGUCUUUCAGGGGCUUUUCUAAGAAAUAAUUAGUUACCGACUUAUCGCGUAAAUGCGUGAUUCGCAUAGAUUCGCAUUUGUCUGCGUUGAAACGUAGCUGCCACUUACGAGCCCAUGCGCUAAGAUUAUUAAGAUCAUCCUGAAGAAGCUGACUAUCUUUUAUAGGGUCAAUUAUCUCUCUGUAGAUCUUCGUGUCGUCUGCAUAUAAUUUUACUGUAGAUGAUAAGAAUUCAGAUAUGUCAUUAAUAUACAAUAAAAACAACAAUGAUGCAAAUGCAAAUGCAAAUGCAAAUUCGUCUUCGUUAAAUUGUAAUUCCCUUUCUUAUACAACCUGUUUAUUAAGCAAUAUGAAUCAUGUUGUAGAAAUAUCUCAGUGUUUGUUCGAAAUAUUCUUCUCUGUAGAAGCUGCCAAAAAGUAAUUUAAGAAUGGCAAGGAGACCAUUUUCCAUCCGACUUAGUAGAGACGUCAUUAACAACGAACUUUUGUUGUUGCCGCUCUCUUCUAUUCACGAAGUUACUCAAUUGUUUUUUCGUCUGCUUUUAUGUCUGAAGGUGACAAUAAAACGGCACUUUUAAUAAUAGUACUUUAUACGACAUGAGAUUUUUUUGCUGGAAAUAAAAACAUCAUUACUGUUAUCUUCGCCCGUACAUGCAGCAGUUGGAUUGGGAAAGAUUAUAAAUAAAAACGGAAGAAUUUAGGAUCGUGUUGUGCAGUGAACAUUACUCGAUUCGACCCAAACCUCCCUUGUGUUUUCGCACCUUUGCGCCCACCGCACCGUUUAAUAUCGCAUCAUAUUGCCCUCCGUUUUAAUCACUGAACGCCUGGAAACGCGUCAGAGUGGACUCUCUGUGACAAAGGGCUAACGCGAGAAACAUCAGCUUAAGAUUAUUUACAGUGGCCAAAUCACAUAUCAACUCGGUUGACAAAACCAAAUCAUGCUGUUAUACACCAAACCCUGAUUUGCAUGACUUUUUCGGCAGGCAAAGCUCGUUAUGGGGCUUCGCUCCAUUUCGUUCUUUAAGUGGCGUGAACAGGCGUCUAAUACAGCCUGGCUUUUAUGACGGUUAACAGUAAAGGUACUGUAUUUUUCACAAUUUGCGGUCAUAAGUUUGGCCUUUUGAAUUGAAAGGUGACGGAAAACCCCAUUGAGAUCAUCAAAUCAGUCGAAACAAUGGGCUUAAAAUAAGUUCUAAAGAAUCAAAGUUGGAAAAGCUUUCGUGUGAUUGUUACAGAAGGCACUCGAUGUUGACUUCUUCAUCUAAAACGGUUUACGGAUCUCCGUUGCCUCAUUUUCUUGUUGACUAUCGAUCUGAGGAAUCCAAAACCCGCCUCUGCCGUGCUCUGCGAACUGGUUAUGCUGUUCCUUACCUAUCCUUGUCUUCGUGCUAUAAUACUCAAACCGUUCCAACUCAUAGCGGGGUUAGUACUUUAGCAAUCAUCCUAAAUGCCUUGCGAAUAGAUCCUCAGCGUAAGUGGAGUCCUUUGUCAAGUUGGCGAUGGUAUACUGCGAAACUUUUAUUUUGCUGUGGUGCAUUGGAAGUCGUGAGGGACAAUGGAACAAUAACUUUGGAUGAAUUUGUGAGUUUGGCAAAUUGCAAUGGAGCAGUAGCGAGCGUUGUUCGACCAAAUUACUCGAAAGAACAUUAUGAUGAGUUUACUCAUACUUUAGAGCGAGUUUGUACUGGUGGUAAGCAGUCUAAAGAGGAACUAGUCGAUGGAGAACUUCCAGAGGAGCUUAUGGCAAUUUCUUUUUCGAGAGUAGCUCUAGGGCAGGUUGGAGAAGGCCACUUUAGUCCAAUUGCCGCAAUGGACAAAGAAUCAAACUCUGUGUUGAUAUUUGAAACGGAAAGAUGCAAAUAUCCACCAUAUUGGGCUCCUAUUGAAGUGCUUUUCCAAUCCAUGUUACCAUUGGAUAGUGUCACUGGAAAAAGUCGAGGUUACGUGGUAUUGAAGGCAAAACAAGAAUGGAAUUAU